AUGCGUCUUUUGCAGCGACAUGCCAAUGGCACCCUCAGCCUGACUGACGAUCUACACGAUGAUGACAUUCCGGACUACGUGGUACUUUCUCACACCUGGGGAGCACCCGCACAAGAAACUAAUCAUGUUGAGCUCACCGAAGCCAUCAAUUCCAUGUUCCGUUGGUAUCGCGAAGCUGCCCGAUGUUACGUCUACCUCUCCGAUGUGCAUGCGGUGGGAAUACAACACAAUGCAUGGCAAGAUGACUUCAGGAACAGCAGAUGGUUCACCCGGGGCUGGACGCUCCAGGAGCUUCUUGCACCAAGACUGGUGGAGUUCUUCUCGUCGGAGGGCAUUCGACUUGGCGACAAGAUCUCGCUUGAGAAAGAGGUUCACAGCAUCACCGGUAUUGCUGUUGAAGCGCUUCGAGGAAGUCCUCUCUCUGAUUUUAGUGUCAAAAAACGCAUGGAUUGGGCCGCGAAGCGCAAAACGACCCGUAAAGAGGAUGAAGCGUAUUCCUUACUCGGCAUAUUCGAUAUCUACAUGCCGCUCAUCUAUGGAGAAAGAGAGAGGGCUCUAGUAAGACUCCGAGAGCAGAUUGACAGAUCAAUACAAGGUCCCGAUCCAUCACCUUAUUCGGGGACCAAUGCUCCAAGCACUUCGGUCAAGUCUCUUCAUCCAGUCAGGAAGAACUACCGCAAGGUCCAUGUCACAAUCCUAUACUGGGAAGUUGAUGAGGUGUUUGACACGGUAAGAUCCUGA